AGGAGCCCGAGACUGAGGAAGGGAACGCUGGUGUUUCGUAAGAUGGCCUGAUAUGAAGGAAUCAAGCCUCCCGCCUCCCCAAGCUGCCUUGUCCUUCAAGUGCAGAAGCCAGUUGAAAUGUCAGGAAUGGAAGCCAAUGUGACCAUCCCAAUCUGGCAAAACAAACCACAUGGGGCUGCUCGCAGUGUAGUGAGAAGAAUUGGGACCAACCUGCCCCUGAAGCCAUGUCCUCGAGCAUCCUUUGAGACCCUGCCCAACAUCUCUGAUCUGUGUCUGAGGGAUGUGCCCCCAGUCCCUACUCUGGCUGACAUCGCCUGGAUUGCUGCAGAUGAAGAGGAGACAUAUGCCCGGGUCAGGAGUGAUACACGCCCCCUGAGGCACACCUGGAAGCCCAGCCCUCUGAUUGUCAUGCAGCGAAAUGCCUCAGUGCCCAACCUGCGUGGGUCCGAGGAGAGGCUCCUGGCCUUGAAGAAGCCAGCCCUGCCAGCCCUGAGCCGUACCACAGAGCUGCAGGAUGAGCUGAGCCACCUGCGCAGCCAGAUUGCUAAGAUAGUGGCAGCUGAUACAGCUUCGGCUUCAUUAACGCCAGAUUUCUUAUCUCCAGGAAGUUCAAAUGUCUCUUCUCCCUUACCUUGUUUUGGAUCCUCAUUCCACUCUACAACUUCCUUUGUCAUUAGUGACAUCACCGAGGAGACCGAGGUAGAGGUCCCCGAGCUUCCAUCAGUCCCCCUGCUUUGUUCUGCCAGCCCUGAAUGUUGCAAACCAGAACACAAAGCUACCUGCAGCUCGUCUGAAGAAGAUGACUGCGUCUCUCUGUCCAAGGCCAGCAGCUUUGCAGAUAUGAUGGGGAUCCUGAAGGACUUUCACCGGAUGAAACAGAGCCAAGAUCUGAACCGGAGUUUAUUGAAGGAGGAGGACCCUGCCGUCCUUAUCUCUGAGGUCCUAAGAAGGAAGUUUGCUCUGAAGGAAGAAGAUAUCAGUAGGAAAGGAAACUGACAGCACUCAGCUCUGCACACUCAGUCUCAUGCUCCUGGAAUUCCUUCAGUAGCUGCCUUUCUCACUGCAGAUGUUUCUGCCUCUCCGUUAGUUUUCUGCAACAGUCUUGCCGAAAGCUGGAGCUUGGACUGAAAGAAGAGCUGGAUUAUAUGUUUCACAUACUUCAAACCUUAGCAGAAGCUAAGGCCCAAUUUGAGCUGAGACACUUGUUACAGGUAAAUGUAUAGAUCGGAAUGUUUCAGUCUAAAGGCUGAGCUAUAAGUUUCAGGUUUUUCCUUGCCCUUGUGUGAAAAUCGGUCCUGAAUGAGUUAAUUCACUGCAUAGACCCCAUAACUGGUCUCACAGGACACUUUGUGCCCAGCUGUCACUCUCAGCAGCUUCCUUGCAGCAGAGCAGAGCUGAGGGAGCUAUCAGUGUUUAUGUACAUGUUCACAGGGCAGGAAAAAUCCUAUGCUGCUCCAUCACAAACCAACACCAAUGCCCAGCAAUCACCCUCUCCUGUGUCCAACACCUAGAUGUAGAGGUCAGGCCUCUGGACCAGCUGACAUUUGGGCUGCAUCUAGGAGGCCUGGGCUGUUUUUUUCUUAAAUUUAUUUUGUAAUACUGUACAACCACAUCUACCCUCCAAGGCCCUGGGGCCUCAUUGGUUCCACUGAUUGAACUUUUGCUCUUCCAUGGACUUUAGUUUAAGCCCAGUAGGAAAGAGAAAUCAGGAGGGGAAAGAAAAUACCAUCUUUCUUCCAGGCCCUUGACUGCUUCUUUGCAUUGGGCCAAGGUUUGUACCCACACCAUGCAUGACUCAGACACCCUCAGGUCCCUUUCUCUGCAGUAUGUAUCCUGUGUGUUUGGGUUGAAGCACUACCUGACAUUAAAAGAAGGAUUUGGCAAGAUA